UGUUUGUGCUUAUGUUCUCUAGACAUAAAUGUUUGUUUGUGCUUAUGUUCUCUAGACAUAAAUGUUUGUUGUUUAGUGUGUUUGGUUGGAGGGAAUAUAGAGGAGGGAGGGAAUUGUUUUGUCCUAAUUUGGUUUAAAAAUUUGGGGGUGAUAAGCAAGCUAAGUGCAAAUUAAAUUGCCUUUAUGACAUUGGUUGCCAUAUGCACAUUGUCUAACAUCGACAGGCAAUAAAGNAAAUCAUUAAGCUAAACUUCUCCUAUGCUACAAACUAUUAAAUCUUAUACAUUUAAAUAAAGUGUCACUAACAAGUUCUUCUACAUGUUUGCUGACUAAUGCCCUCUUAAAUUUCCCAUCAGAUUUACGAUCAUACCACCAAACCAUGAAUUCUAUUUCUUAUUCAGUUAGCCAGUGCUGUUUUUGUAAGUAUGUUGUUGCAUGGUGUAAAACAGCAACUACAAAGUAACCUCGAUAAUUUUAGAUAUUACACUUUAGAUUACUGGACAAUCCAAACAUGUAUGCUAAUCUUAUGUUUGUUUAUCCUAUGGUUAUUCAUUCGUUAGGGCAUUGUAGUAUUGUUGUAGAUAGUGACACUUAUUUGUGUAAACUCUAGCUAACUUAUUAGAAGAGAACCAUAUUUUAAACUGUGUGUGCAAAUUUGAGAAAUCUGUGCAUUCAUUUUACCUCUCCUUUUGGGCAAGGACAGAAGCAGAUAUAUGGAGCAUUGGUGUAAUUGCUUAUAUUUUUUUAUGUGGAAGCCGACCCUUUUGGGCAAGGGUAAAAUCUGGCAUAUCUCGGGCUAUUCUGAAGGCAGAUCCAAGUUUGGAUGAAGCUCCUUGGCCAUCUUUAUCAGCUGAUGCAGUGGAUUUUGUAAAGAGACUGUUGAACAAAGAUUAUCGGAAAAGGCUAACUGCAGCUCAGGCUCUCAGUAUGUGCUCCAUUUCUCAUAGAUACAUUUUGAUAUGAUAAUCCACAAGCUUGUUAAAGCUUAUAUAUGCUCAUCUUCUUUACGCAAAUCAUCAUUAAGGUUAUGGAAGUAUAUUGGAUACGACACAACAAAAUACAAUGUGUUCAUGUGGUUUGACAACAUUGGUGGGGGAUUAGACAGUGCUUUUCAGAACUUCUUGCUUAAGAAAACAUCAGUAUUGGAUAUUAUUCCUUUACAUCGGAAAGAAAUUAAAAGCAUAUUUAGGCCAUGUCGUGACUCCCAGCAUACACUUUGCCUGAAAGGAUGGAAAGCUGUUUGGCAUNUGAUUGAAAAAAUAUAUACCACCGCAGUUGACUAUGGUAAUCUUUUGAAGGAAGAGAAAAAGGGUCAAGGGAAGAGAAGAGCUUUGUCUGAGUUUCUUAAGCUUUUAGAAAGCAAUGGAUUGUCUCGACACAAAUCAGCUUAUACAGGAGACCAGCAAAAUCUUGGUGGUUCCUUCAGCUUUCUGAGAACAUAUCGUAUUUACUCCCAACCAGCAGUAGAUUAGAGUGUGUAACCCCAGGAAUUCCUGAAGUUGAAAAUAAGAGUAUUGAAGAAGAAAGUUUGCUUAUGGAGUGGAAAACUGCCACUGAUUAUUACUACAAGAGUGUUG